AUGAAUUUUUCGGAUGUGGAUUUUGAGCUGAGAGAAGUUCAGCAACUCGAAGGUCACGCCGAUAAGGUUUGGAACGUCGCCUGGAAACCGGCAACCGGAGCCGACGGUGUCCCCGCCGUGCUCGCUUCUUGCAGCGGAGAUAAAACUAUCCGCAUCUGGGAGCAAAGCCCCCUUACCGGAUCUUUCCAGUGCAAGGCAGUUUUGGAGGAUACUCAUACUAGGACUGUUAGAUCUUGUGCUUGGUCGCCCUCGGGCAAAUUGUUGGCGUCAGCAAGUUUUGAUGGCACCACUGCAAUAUGGGAAGAUGUUGAUGGCGAAUUUUCCUGUGUUUCCACUCUAGAGGGUCAUGAGAAUGAAGUUAAAAGCGUCUCCUGGAAUGCAUCUGGAUCGUUGCUCGCGACUUGUGGUCGAGACAAAUCAGUUUGGAUAUGGGAAGUAUUACCCCAUAACGAGUUUGAAUGUGUUUCAGUUUUACAAGGACACACACAGGAUGUCAAAAUGGUGCAAUGGCAUCCUUCAAUGGAUAUUCUGUUCUCAUGCAGCUAUGACAAUGCAAUCAAGGUCUGGGCGGGUGAUGGAGACAAUGAUGAUUGGCAUUGUGUACAAACUUUAAAUGAAUCCAACAGCGGACAUACAUCUACAGUCUGGUCCUUAUCUUUUAAUACCAGUGGAGACAAGAUGGUUUCCUGCAGUGAUGAUCUCACCGUUAAGAUAUGGAAAUGUGACAUCGUGAAGGCACAUUCUGGAGAUGGCAUUGCACCUUGGACGCAUCUCUGUACUCUCUCUGGUUAUCACGACCGAACUAUUUUUUCCAUCCACUGGUCCAGGGAGGGAAUAAUUUCCACUGGUGCAGCUGAUGAUGCCAUACGCCUAUUUGUUGAGAAUGAAGAUGACCUGGUUGAUGGGCCUGCAUACAAAUUGCUUCUGAAGAAAGAGAAGGCACAUAAUGUGGAUGUAAAUGCUGUGCAAUGGAGUUCCGUGGAGAGCAGGCGUCUUGCAUCUGCCUGUGAUGAUGGAACAGUGAAGAUAUGGGAACUUUGCUCGUCAACUGGACACGACAAACAAUAA